UCAAGUCUCAAUCCCACUUUUCUUUCUGCUAUAAAUUCAGACGGCAAGACCCUAACCCUUCCCCUAUACCUUUCCCGUCUUAAUUUCACACCCCAGAUCCCAAAAUCUUCUCUUCUCUUCCUCACCCAACCCUAAAGAUCUCUCCUUUGCCCAAAAGUUAGUCUUUUUACACCUCCCCGGCGAUGAGCAAGGCCCAAGCAAGCACCGGCAACCUGCUAGUCCGAUGUUUUCGAGCUCCUUACCGCGCCCUCUGCCGUGCCCGCGACUUGUACAUCAAGAGCAUGACCGGCUGCGCCGGUCGCAUGCAUUACGGCGACGCGACGGUGCCAAUUAGCUAUCCCUCCACCUUCGGCGGAAGCAUGUCUCGAAGCGGAAGUCUCAGCAGCCUAAAGCUUUCCUCCGGCGACGAAGACCUCAUCGAGCUUAUUCGAGCAGCGUCGCAGAGCCGCGCUCGCGCUGCCGCUGCCGCCGAGGGGUCUGUCCGGCGAAGCCAGAGCGUUGCCGCCGUGAGAAUUGACGAGGACGCGCCUUACGAGUUCACCGGCGAAGUUAAAGUUGGUGGAAGCUUGAUUUUCCCCAGGAGCCAGAGUCACGCCGUCGGCCGGAGGAUGGUGCCGAGCGAAGUCACGUGGAAGUAUAAAUAGGGAAAUUUGGUUUCUACUAUCAUUUUCUUUCUCUGUCUCCUCUGUUCGUGUGAGGCCUUAAGAUUGGAAUUUGGAUAAUCCGAUGAUCACUACCAACUCCUUGUAAGAAACAUUUUUUUAUCAUCGAAAUUUAGGGAUUUAGCUGUGAAAA